GCUAUUUUCUUUUUUUUUUCAUAAUUUGAAACUCUCCACCGCACACACCAAAAGAGAGAUUCUCGCCGGAGACGAAAAGGGCUUUCCUUUCCAGAGAUUUCCGGAGAAAAGUUGUUGACUUUAUCACUCCCCAAGUCUCUCUCUCUCCCCUCCCCUCCCCACCCACAACAAGUAGAGAUUUUUCUGCUCCAAUCUCAUCAUCAUCAUCUGGGGUUUUGUUUUCCCCCUUUCUUUUCAAAUGGUAAAUUCAAAUGCUGCUCCAGUCAUAAUUGUGGGCUCACAUGUGUGGGUUGAAGAUCCACAUUUGGCAUGGAUAGAUGGACAAGUUACUCGAAUCGAUGGUGAUAACAUUCAUGUCAAAACUAAUAAGGGGAAAACCGUUGUGACCAAUGUAUAUUUUCCCAAGGAUACGGAAGCUCCACCUGGAGGUGUAGAUGACAUGACUAAACUUUCAUACUUGCAUGAGCCUGGAGUCUUACAAAACCUAGAGACAAGAUAUGAACUCAAUGAAAUCUACACCUAUACAGGGAAUAUUCUAAUUGCAGUUAAUCCAUUCAAAAGGCUGCCUCAUAUUUAUGAAACCGAUAUGAUGGAACAAUAUAAGAGAGUUGCACUUGGAGAACUAAGUCCUCAUGUUUUUGCAAUCGGGGAUGCUGCAUACAGGGCGAUGAUUAAUGAAGGAAAAAGCAAUUCGAUUUUGGUAAGUGGCGAAAGUGGUGCUGGUAAAACUGAGACGACAAAGAUGCUCAUGAGGUACCUUGCCUUUUUGGGAGGGAGGUCUGGUGUAGAAGGAAGGACAGUUGAACAGCAAGUCUUAGAGUCCAAUCCGGUUCUUGAAGCAUUUGGCAAUGCAAAAACUUUACGAAACAACAAUUCGAGUCGUUUUGGUAAAUUUGUUGAAAUCCAAUUUGACAAGAAUGGAAGGAUAUCUGGGGCAGCUAUUAGGACUUAUCUGCUGGAGAGGUCCCGUGUUUGCCAAAUCUCAGAUCCCGAAAGGAACUACCAUUGCUUUUAUCUUCUUUGUGCUGCUCCGCCAGAGGAUAUAGAGAAGUACCAGCUGAAAAACCCACAGUCAUUCCAUUACCUAAAUCAGUCAAGUUGUUAUAAAUUGGAUGGUGUUGAUGAUGCUAGUGAAUACCUUGAAACAAGAAAAGCUAUGGAUGUAGUUGGAAUCAGUAAUGAUGAACAGGAGGCAAUCUUCAGGGUGGUUGCUGCAAUUCUUCAUCUUGGUAACAUUGAUUUUGGAAAAGGGGAAGAGAUUGAUUCCUCUGUCAUCAAGGAUGAAGGAUCCCGACAUCAUCUUAACUUGGCGGCAGAGCUACUUAUGUGUGACGCCCAGAGCCUAGAAGAUGCUCUUAUUAGGCGUGUGAUGGUUACACCUGAAGAGAUUAUCACGAGAACGCUUGAUCCCAACAGUGCAAUUGUUAGUAGGGAUACCCUGGCCAAGACAAUAUAUUCUCACUUGUUUGACUGGAUUGUGAACAAAAUUAAUACUUCCAUCGGGCAGGACCCAAGGUCAAAGUCGAUUAUUGGAGUUUUGGAUAUCUAUGGGUUUGAAAGUUUCAAAUGCAAUAGUUUUGAGCAAUUCUGCAUCAAUUUCACGAAUGAAAAACUGCAACAGCAUUUUAAUCAGCAUGUGUUCAAGAUGGAGCAGGAAGAGUACACCAAAGAAGAGAUCGAUUGGAGUUACAUAGAGUUUAUUGAUAACCAAGAUGUUCUCGAUUUAAUUGAAAAAAAACCAGGAGGAAUUAUUUCACUUCUAGAUGAAGCCUGCAUGUUUCCCACGUUUAAACAUAACGACUUCUCCCAAAAGUUGUUCCUGACGUUCAAAAAUCACAAGAGAUUUUCUAAACCGAAGCUCUCUCCCACUGAUUUUACCAUAUCGCAUUAUGCGGGAGAGGUUACUUAUCAAUCAGACAAUUUUCUCGAUAAGAACAGGGACUAUAUAGUUGCUGAACAUCAAGCGCUAUUUACUGCAUCUAAUUGCUCAUUUGUGGCGAGUUUGUUUCAUGCACUUCAUGAAGACUCAUCCAGGUCAUCAAAAUUUUCUUCCAUUGGGUCACGGUUCAAGCAACAACUUCACUCACUGAUGGAAACGCUGAAUGGUACAGAACCUCAUUACAUCAGAUGUAUAAAGCCGAAUAAUGUUCUUAAACCUGGUGUCUUUGAGAACUUCAACGUCAUUCAUCAAUUACGUUGUGGGGGUGUUCUUGAAGCCAUUAGGAUCAGUUGCGCUGGCUAUCCUACCAGGCUUGCCUUCUAUGAUUUUCUUGACCGUUUUGGUCUCCUUGCUCCAGAAGUUUUGGAAGGAAAUUAUGAUGAUAAAGUAGCUUGCCAAAUGAUUCUUGAUAAGAAAGGUCUGAGGGACUACCAGGUAGGAAAGACAAAGAUCUUCCUUCGAGCUGGUCAGAUGGCUGAAUUAGAUGCGAGGAGAGCAGAGGUGCUUGGGAAUGCUGCCAGAGUCAUUCAGAGGCAAUUCCGCACUUGUUUUGCCAGAAAGAAUUUCCGUUCUAUUCGCAAUGCUGCUAUUGUUUUGCAAUCCUUCCUACGAGGCGAAAUUGCCCGGACAAUACACAAAGAACUGAAAAUAGAAGCUGCAGCUCUAAGAUUCCAGAAGAAUUUCCGCCGGUACAUCGACAGGAAAUCUUUUGUUACCACAAGAUCAUCGGCAAUCGUGUUGCAGACUGGCUUAAGGGCUAUGAUUGCACGUAGUGAAUUCAGGUUAAGAAGGCAAACAAAAGCCGCCAUUGUGCUUCAGGCUCAUUGGCGUGGUCGCCAAGCAUACUCAUACUACACAAGACUUAAGAAGGCGGCAAUAGUCACGCAAUGUGCCUGGAGAUGCAGACUUGCUAGAAGAGAGCUUAGGAUGCUGAAAAUGGCUGCAAGAGAAACUGGUGCUCUUAAAGAUGCUAAAGAUAAAUUGGAGAAGCGGGUUGAAGAGCUUACCUGGCGUAUACAAUUGGAGAAGCGGUUAAGGACUGAUCUUGAGGAGGCAAAGGUGCAAGAAGUUGCAAAGCUGCAAGAGGCAUUGCAUACCAUGCAGUUACAAUUGAAGGGAGCUACUGCAAUGGUAGUAAAAGAAAAGGAGGCGGCUCGAAUAGCAAUUGAAGAAGCAAGUUCAGUUAAUAAGGAACAUGUUGUUGUUGAAAAUACAGAGAAGAUUGAUACUUUGAGCAACGAAGUUGACAGGCUAAAGGGACUGUUGUCAUUAGAAACACAUAAGGCAGAUGAAGCAAAGCAGGCUUAUAGUAGUACUUUGGUCCAAAAUGAGGAAUUAAGUAAGAAACUUGAAGAAGCUGGGAGAAAAAUAGAGCAGCUUCAAGAUUCUGUUCAGAGAUUCCAAGAAAAGGUCUUUAACUUAGAGUCGGAGAAUAAAGUACUUCGGCAACAAACUCUUACCAUCACACCGACUACUAGAGCUUUGGCUCUAAGACCAAAAACUACCAUAAUUCAGAGAACUCCCCAGAAAGAUGCUUUCUCCAAUGGAGAAACAACACAACUUCAGGAACCUGAAACUGAGGAUAGGCCCCAGAAAUCGCUUAAUCAGAAACAGCAGGAAAAUCAAGAGCUAUUACUAAAGUCUAUUUCGGAAGAUAUAGGAUUUUCUGAAGGCAAACCUGUUGCUGCCUGCCUGAUAUUUAAGUGUCUGAUACACUGGAGAUCUUUUGAAGUAGAAAGAACCAGUAUAUUUAAUCGUAUAAUCGAGACAAUAGCAUCUGCAGUCGAGAUGCAGGAAAACAGCGAUGUACUAUGCUAUUGGUUAUCCAAUUCCGCCACACUAUUGAUGUUGCUUCAACGCACUCUGAAAGCCGGUGCUACAGGAAGCAUAAUUACUCCGAGACGUCGGGGAAUGCCUACAUCUUUGUUUGGACGGGUGUCUCAGAGUCUCCGAGGUUCUCCACAAAUUGCUGGAUUCCCAUUUAUGAAUGGAAGAGCGAUUGGCGGUGGGCUAGAUGAACUACGUCAAGUCGAAGCUAAAUAUCCUGCUUUGCUGUUCAAGCAGCAACUCACCGCUUUCCUAGAAAAGAUAUAUGGAAUGAUCCGAGACAAGAUGAAGAAAGAGAUUUCUCCUCUGCUUGCUUCUUGCAUCCAGGCUCCAAGGACACCAAAGGCACCACGUUCUGGUUUAGUAAAGGGACGUUCACAAAAUAAUUUUGUUGCUCAACAAGUGCUAAUUGCUCAUUGGCAAAGCAUUGUUACAUGUCUGAACGGCCACUUGAGGACUAUGAGGGCCAAUUAUGUGCCUUCGUUGCUAAUUUCUAAAAUGUUCGGGCAGAUAUUUUCAUUUAUCAAUGUUCAGUUGUUUAACAGCCUUCUUUUGAGACGUGAGUGCUGCUCGUUUAGCAAUGGAGAGUAUGUAAAAACAGGGCUUGCGGAGCUGGAAAAGUGGUGCCAUGAUGCAACGGAGGAGUUUGUUGGUUUGGCUUGGGAUGAACUAAAGCACAUCAGACAAGCUGUUGGCUUCUUGGUUAUACAUCAGAAGCCUAAGAAGAGCUUAAAAGAGAUAACUACCGAACUUUGUCCGGUGCUUAGCAUUCAGCAAGUGUACAGGAUCAGUGGUAUGUAUUGGGACGACAAAUACGGUACACAGAGCGUAUCUCCAGAGGUGAUAGCAAGCAUGCGGCUUACGAUGUCAGAUGAAUCAACGAACGUGAUCAGCAACUCGUUUUUACUAGAUGAUGAUUCCGAGGUAAACCCCAGAAAGAAAAAGAAAAAAAAACAUUAACAAAACAGACGCUAUGAUUUCACUUUAAAAAAGGUUGAUCUUUUGAAAAAAUAAUGGGUCUUGGUGAUUUUUUUUUGCAGCAUCCCAUUCUCGGUUGACGAUAUCUCGAAAUCGAUGCAAAACGUAGAGGUUGCAGAGGUGGAUCCUCCUCCGAUGAUUCGCCAAAACUCCAACUUCAUGUUCUUGUUGGAAAGGUCAGACUGAAGUUGCAGACAGAAGUAGUAAAUUCCCUUUACCCGAUCGAUCUCUAGGACAUUCUUCAGAUUAGGAGAUCAGAAUUGUGCUGUACAUUAGUACAUUAGGCCUAUCUUUGCUAGUGGCUUUGGUAAUAUUUUUCUAUUAAUAUGGGGUAUAAUGGGUAGGAAAACUAUAUCUAAAUAUUUGAAAAAACCAUUGCAACUGUUGUUGUAUUUGUGAAUUAAAAUGUUUGUGGCCAUGUUUUUUUGAUAGACCAUUUGCUUAAUGAAAAUUUCCCUUCGUUCA